GUUCAAUCUUUUCUCAUGUAUUUUCAGAGAAAGCUUCUUGCUAUCUACCUCCACCAUGAUGAAAGCGUACUAACCAAUGUCUUUUGCUCACAAAUGCUGUGUGCUGAAUCUAUUGUCUCAUAUCUGAGUCAGAACUUCAUAACCUGGGCGUGGGACAUGACAAAAGAAGCAAAUAGAGCAAGGUUUCUGACAAUGUGCACAAGGCACUUUGGGAGUGUUGUAGCCCAAACAAUUCGAACUCAGAAGACGGAUCAGUUUCCACUUUUCCUUAUUAUUAUGGGAAAACGUUCAUCUAAUGAAGUAUUGAAUGUAAUACAAGGUAACACGACAGUGGAUGAACUAAUGAUGAGGCUGAUGGCUGCAAUGGAGAUCUUCAGUGCCCAGCAGCAGGAAGAUAUAAAGGAUGAGGAUGAACGUGAAGCCAGAGAAAAUGUGAAAAGGGAGCAGGAUGAAGCAUACCGCAUAUCGCUCGAAGCUGACAGAGCAAAGAGGGAAGCACAAGAGAGAGAAAUGGCAGAGCAGUUUCGUUUGGAACAGAUUCGGAAAGAACAGGAGGAAGAACGUGAGGCUAUCAGGCUUUCUCUUGAGCAGUCUUUGCCUCCAGAACCAAAAGAGGAAAGCACCGAGUCGGUCAGCAAACUGCGGAUUCGGACGCCCAGCGGAGAAUUCUUUGAGCGACGUUUCCUGGCCAGCAGCAAGCUGCAGGUUGUCUUUGAUUUUGUGGCUUCCAAGGGAUAUCCUUGGGAGGAAUACAAGCUUCUGGGCACCUUUCCGAGGAGAGAUGUGACCCAGCUGGAUCCAAAUAAAUCGUUACUGGAGGUAAAACUGUAUCCUCAAGAAACCCUUUUCUUAGAGGCAAAAGAAUAGAUCAGACAAGAUUGUAGGACUAAGCAUCUUUCAACAAGCCAGAGGCACAGCAUCAAGAGGAACACUUCAUCAGCGCCAUCAUCCAACUCAACUUAAUGUCACAACUUUGCCUCUUGCAAGAAUCCUGAAAAUUUGAAAUAACAUAGCUACUUAAAGUUCCACGUACAUGAGUAUAUGUUCCAACCUCGUUUAAAUGAGCAGAGGAUGAAAUUCUGCUUUGAACACUGAACAUUAUGACUAUGUUGCUCACUUAUCAUCCAGCUUUUGUUAUAAUUAAUGCACUGUUAAAAUGUGAGUGAUUGUUAAGUAGAAUUUUUACUCCUCAAAUGCCCCUUUUUCACCAAGAAAUCUUGGACAUUUCUGCCUGUACUUUUGACACUAGAAUGCUGUAUAUUUGAUAUCUCGCUGAGCCAGUGCUCUCAUAUAUAUGCAUUUUAUCUCUGUGUUUGAAUUUCUACUUUGUCACCUAAUUUAAAAAGGCAGAAAAAAAAAAAAUAACAGGACAUUCUCAGCCAUGGAAAUUUAACAGUAUUAUGGUAGAAAGCAUAUAAUUUUUGUUAGUACUUUCUGACUUCUUUGAUAAGAUGUAAGGUUUUGUUUGAAGAAUAUAGUUUGACAUAUAUGCGAGGUAUUUAUUUACUGGUUCUGCUUUGGGUCUCAGUUCUGAUUCAUAUAGGAAGUAUUUUCCAUUACAAUGCAGUGUGUGAAACUGCUUAUUGCAUGAUGUGAAUAUUUAAAUAACAUUAGAAACGGCCAGGACCAGAAAGCUGGUAUCUUGCCAACACUUCAGGAAUCAGCCGAUAUUGAAUAUCAGCUGUUAAAAACCUUUCAAAUAUCAGAUACAAAAGUUCUUUAUUUCCCAUCGAGAAAGAAAUGGCAGUUCCCAUGUUGGUGGUUUUCCUUCAUUCUGGCGCUUGUUUGUAUCCUAUUACUCUGUUGUCCUAAAGCACCUUGUUUGUUUCAUCAAACAAUGAGUAUCUCAAGAGAUGGUGUAAUAAGAAAUCUGCCUUACUAUUGCACACUUUGGACAUUUUAACAGUAGAUUACUGAUCCCAUCUCAAAUUAAAGAAAUCCUACUUCUGUUGUCUGAAAUGUAUGCACCAGGUACCUGCUGUCUGAUGAGGAGAAAUCUGGUACUUAAAAUAUCUCAACCAUGGAACAAACAUACUGAGUCUAAGAUCAGAAAGUACACUUAAUGCCAAAUGUGCAUCAAAACAGGUUGGUUGGGGGGGGGAGGGGUUGUUUUGUUUUGUUUGGUUUUUAAAUCUGGACUCCAGGAUAGUGCACCACAGCACUGCAGAAUUGUCAUCUACUAAUCAAACUUGUUUGGUAGUGCCUGGCAAAUUGUUUUCCACGUGUUUCUAUGUAAUACGCAGUGUUUAUCAUAGCAGGAGUUCUGUUUUGGAAAAUUCAUACUAAGCAAAAACCAACUGCAUACAUCUUCUAGUCUUUAGUCUUUUCUUUGGAAAGAUGGUGAUAUAAAAUUAUAUGUAUGCCUAUUAUUAGGGUGUUAGUGAAGCUGAUAUAUUGUUACCUUUACCAAAAAUAUAAAUUUUGGAGCAGGGGAAAGCCUUAUUCUACCUUUUGUAAUUCUGUAAUUAGUGAGUGCUACAUCAGACACUUUUAGAAAUGAAUUAUCUGUGACAAACAAAAGGUUUGGAAGUGUAAGUGAAUCUUAACCAUUUGCAGUUCACAAAUAAAAGAAUUCAUAGCCAAUAGAAAGAUAAAUGUAUGUGUAAUGGAAGCCUAAAUGCAGAUGCUUCAUUCUCAACUUCUGUUUUCUUGGUAAAAGAUCCACUGUUUAUUAAAUAAGACAUUAGCAUAGGUUGCAAAUUGGGGUGACGCUGUUUCUACAAACAAUCACAGUAACACAUACAGGAGGAUUUUAAAGUGAUGCAUAUCUUUUUUUCUUUCUUCUUCUUUCUGAGCUGCUAUUGAAGAAAGGAGUUGCUGAAAUAUUGCUGCAGUUGAAAAGCAACCUUUCAGCUAACUUGUUUCUGUUAACCUGUUCCGUUUAACUUUUGUUUGAUCUCAUCGGGCUGUUUUCUCUCGUUCAACUUUAUUUCUGUAUUUUGACUUUAUAUUCUUUACUUUGUUACUAGUUUUGUAAAGUUAUCAAAUGUGACUUGAAUAUUUGUUGAACGUGUUGAAGUCAGUGCUCCCAGGUUCUGUUAGGCCUUUUUUGUUCUAAGACAAGUUUUAGGGCUUUUUUCCCCUAUUUUGUUCACAUUGAAAUUGAAAAAUACACUGUCAUUAUCAAAAUAUUGUGUUGAGAAUUAACUGGAAGUGUUGAAAUUGGUGGUGUUACUGCCCUCUGGUACAUAAAUCAGGAGCAGUAUAGAAGGUGCAUUCUGCCAAAAUAAGUGUAUCACUCAAUUUAAAUAAAGCAUUUAUGAUUUUGGUCCUUAAAUACUGAUUUCAAAAAGCAGACAUCUAGUCAUCUUUCUAAAUUACAUCCUCAAUGCAAGCAGUUUUCUGUCUAGAAACAUUAAUAUUCUCUGCCAUCAUUUUCUGCUCUCUUAAACCAUGGAAUUCACUUCAUGUGCUCUGCUGGUUAAUGCUCUCGUCAUUCUACAGACUAAUUUUCUAAUUCAGUAUUAACCUAAAACUGUAACACUUCUAUUGCAGAAGUUAUCCCUGAUUCUACAUUUUUUAUCUCCAGGUUCCUCACAUUAGUGGAUUAUCAUUAAUGUGAUUAAUGCAUUAGUUUUAAGUCUUAAGGAAUUACUGUUAAUGAAUGGAAUCCUGUACAAUGUGUUGGCUUUUGAUAUUGGCCUUCAGCGCAUGAUGGUGAAGUUGGGGCUGUCUUUGGCUUUUGAAGAAACUUCCUGCCUGUAGACAUUGCUGUUCUAAAUCUCCAUUAGAGAAUGUGCAGAGCACAGGUGUUUGUUGUGUAUUCUCUGCAUAAGCACUCUUUAAUUUAGUGAGAGUGCCAAGGGAGUUUCUAAUGGAGCUAUGCUGGGGGUUUGUUUAUUCUUUUUAAUGUAGCAGAAAAGGACUUCGGCUUUCGUAAACUGUACGUACUUGGUGACAUUAGAAAUUUAAAAUAAAUUUUCAAUUACAGUA